AUGGGCAAAUUAUACUAUUUUCAGGCGCCAAAUUUCGACAUCAAUCCUGACAGCGAGGUUGCCCCAAGGCUCGGAAGCAUCUUUUCCAACCUUGAGACGCUAACGGCACCACUCAAUCAACAUGAUUGUAUAGCUGUUCCCAAACAUCUCAUGAACCAAAGUGUCAGCACCAACUUUAACGAAAGCAAGGGCCGAAACUUCGAAACUAAGGUUGAUCUCAAUGUCAACGUUGCCAAGGGAACCAGAUGGUCUACGGAUCUCAUCUACGCCUUUGGCCGGGACAAGAAAAAUGUCUACCAUUGCGAGUUGCUUGAAACUCUUGAAUUCGAGCCCAAUCAAGAAUUUGUGACCGAGUGCAUCCUCGCGUCACAGCGUGUGCAGAGCUUCCUGGAAAAUAGCCUCAUUGGCAGAAAGAGGGUGUAUAUGAUUACGGGGUUGAAGAUCGCUUCCGGGCUUACCAAGUCAUCUACGAGUGGAAAUCAGUACAGCCCAAAGCUUAGAGUUGCGGCAGAAGCGACGACGAUGGGUGGCCUGGGACUCGAUAUGAACGUCACUAAUGCCCGGACUGUGUCUUAUGGGCGGACUUUGAACAGAAUUGUAUUUGCGUAUCGCGCCAUCCGCAUAAAGUUGAAGUGGGACGGUGAGGCUAGGUAUAAGUAUAAGAGCGGUGGAAAGUAUGACGUCGACGAUACUAGUGAUAGCGAGGAUGAAGAGAAUUGGGACUUGGAGCCGCUGGAUGAGGCGGAUAGGUUGAAGGACUUCCCAGACUCUGUCAAGAUUGAUAUAGACGGGGAAGAGGCGGUUGAAGAUUAA